UGUUAGAUGGAUUUUUAGGUUAUUAGUAAACAAAAUAUAUCCGAAAGCCGAAUAAGAAUAUAAAUUCAUAUUUACCAGUACUAAUUAUUAUGGUAAUUAUAUGAAAAUAUAAACUAUGUCAGAUAACUCCAAAAUGGAUGAAAUAGCAGAAUUGCGAUCACAACUCCAAAUUGCAAGAUCCGAACUCAAAAAUUUGCGGGAAAAAAUGAAUAAUUUUACUAGAGGGUAUAAAAAGGACAUUGAUAAAAUUUAUGAGGGCAUCAAAACUUGGACUUGUUCUGAAUGCAAAAAUUCCAAUGCUGCAAAUGCUGCAGUUCCAAGCACUUCCAAAUUACCUGCAGAUCUCGAUAUAAAGUAUAUUGGAAUAAUAAAAACUAGUUUUCCUAACAAGAAGGGUACCCCAAGACAACCGACAAUUGCCAGCGAAGUCAAAGGACAAAUCAUCCUCACUCCCAAUCUCUUCACAAACAAUAACCAUUCGUUAGAGGGCCUCGAAAAAUUUUCCCACAUGUGGAUAAUAUUCCACUUCCACGAGACUGAGACCACAACCCAUGCCAAAGUAGCCCCUCCUCGAUUGGAUGGUGCUCGGGUCGGGGUGUUCAGUUCCAGAUCACCCCACAGGCCAAAUCCAAUUGGAUUAUCUUUAGUUCGUAUUGGAAAUAUUUCGGAAUCUUCGAUAGAAUUUUACGGUGUCGAUAUGAUAGAUGGGACCCCGGUAAUUGAUAUAAAACCGUAUAUACCACGUUAUGAUAAUCCUUGUAUGGUCGAAGAAAAUCUGGAUGAAAAUGUUGAUGUGUUCGUUCCGGAUUGGAUCAACCGGAAAGCUACCCUUAAUGUUACUUAUUCAGAAACGGCUAUAAAACAAGCUGAAAAGUUUGCUUGCGAUAUUAGAUCUAUAUCAGAUGUGUUGAAAGCGGAUCCUCGGUCGGUUUACAAGCGCAAACGAUAUAGUGACGAUUCCCUAAAGCUCCAAGUUUUAGGAUACAAUAUAACUUGUAAAUUUUCCGAGGACGAAGAUAAUUGUCAUGUUACAAAUAUAGAAAAUAUUGAAGAGACAGCGAAAACGUAACACAAAAUUUACUACGUGUUCGUUAAAG